AUGAGGAAUGACGACAAAAAACUGUCUGCAGCAAAGGUCAAGAAGGUCAGUAUGUAUUCAGGGAAUGACGACAGAAACCUGUCUGCAGCAAAGGUCAAGAAGAACCAGUAUCUCCCCCCUGACCCGCUAGAACCAGUAUCUCCCCCUGACCCGCUAGAACCAGUAUCUCCCCCUGACCCGCUAGAACCAGUAUCUCCCCCUGACCUGCUAGAACCAGUAUCUCCCCCUGACCUGCUAGAACCAUACCAGUAUCUCCCCCCUGACCUGCUAGAACCAGUAUCUCCCCCUGACCUGGUAGUACCAGUAUCUCCCCCUGACCUGCUAGAACCAGUAUCUCCCCCUGACCUGCUAGAACCAGUAUCUCCCCCUGACCUGCUAGUACCAGUAUCUCCCCCUGACCUGCUAGAACCAGUAUCUCCCCCUGACCUGCUAGAACCAAAACAGUAUCUCCCCCCUGACCUGCUAGAACCAGUAUCUCCCCCUGACAUGCUAGAACCAGUAUCUCCCCCUGACCUGCUAGAACAUGUAUCUCCCCCUGACCUGCUAGAACAUGUAUCUCCCCCUGACCUGCUAGAACCAGUAUCUCCUUCUGACCUGCUAGAACCAGUAUAUCCCCCUGACCUGCUAGAACCAGUAUCUCCCCCUGACCUGGUAGAACCAGUAUCUCCCCCUGACCUGCUAGAACCAGUAUCUCCCUCUGACCUGCUAGAACCAGUAUCUCCCCCUGACCUGCUAGAACCAGUAUCUCCCCCUGACCUGCUAGAACCAAACCAGUAUCUCCCCCCUGACCUGCUAGAACCAGUAUCUCCCCCUGACCUGCUAGAACCAGUAUCUCCCCCUGACCUGCUAGAACCAGUAUCUCCCCCUGACCUGCUAAACCAGUAUCUUCCCCCUGACCUGCUAGAACCAGUAUCUCCCACUGACCUGCUAGAACCAGAAUCUCCCCCUGACCUGCUAGUACCAGUAUCUCCCCCUGACCUGCUAAACCAGUAUCUCCCCCCUGACCUGCUAGUACCAGUAUCUCCCCCUGACCUGCUAGAACCAGUAUCUCCCCCUGACCUGCUAGAACCUGUAUCUCCCCCUGACCUGCUAGAACCAGUAUCUCCCCCUGACCUGCUAGAACCAGUAUCUCCCCCUGACCUGCUAGUACCAGUAUCUCCCCCUGACCUGCUAGAACCAGUAUCUCCCCCUGACCUGCUAGUACCAGUAUCUCCCCCUGACCCGCUAGAACCAGUAUCUCCCCCUGACCUGCUAGAACCAGUAUCUCCCCCUGACCUGCUAGAACCUGUAUCUCCCCCUGACCUGCUAGAACCAUACCAGUUUCUCCCCCCUGACCUGCUAGUACCAGUAUCACCCCCUGACCUGCUAGAACCAGUAUCUCCCCCUGACCUGCUAGUACCAGUAUCUCGCCCUGACCUGCUUGUACCAGUAUCUCCCCCUGACCUGCUAGAACCAGUAUCUCCCCCUGACCUGCUAGAACCAGUAUCUCCUUCUGACCUGCUAGAACCAGUAUCUCCCCCUGACCUGCUAGAACCAGUAUCUCCCCCUGACCUGCUAGAACCAGUAUCUCCCCCUGACCUGCUAGAACCAGUAUCUCCCCCUGACCUGCUAGAACCAGUAUCUCCCCCUGACCUGCUAGAACUUAACCAGUAUCUCCCCCCUGUCCUGCUAGAACCAGUAUCUCCCCCUGUCCUACUAGAACCAGUAUCUCCCCCUGACCUGCUAGAACCAGUAUCUCCCUCUGACCUGCUAGAACCAGUAUCUCCCCCUGACCUGCUAGAACCAGUAUCUCCCCCUGACCUGCUAGAACCAGUAUCUCCCCCUGACCUGCUAGAACCAGUAUCUCCCCCUGACCUGCUAGAACCAGUAUCUCCCCCUGACCUGCUAGAACCAGUAUCUCCCCCUGACCUGCUAGAACCAACUGCCCCUGCUCCAGUGUUCGAGGCAUUCACCUUUAUCACAAAGGGACGGUUUAAUCUGCAGGAAGCGUCUCAGGACUUGGCGGACGUGCAGGAUGUGUUCUGGAAGCGUCUUGGAGAAGAUCAAGAGGUCGUCGAGGGACGCAGACCUCAAACCUUCUUUCCCAACAAAAAGCCUGCACCAGCUGGGGAUGUAGAGCAGGGAAUGAAGCCUGCCUCCAGCGACACCCGGAUGUAA